ACCAAUGUCUGACCCUGAUCCUGAUCUCUGAUUCUGUUUCUGUCAUUCUGACUGAUAGAAAAUUAGAAUAGCUUAGCUUAGCCUCAAUUUGCCUAGAAAAAGGCAACACUGCUGCUGCUCCUUAGAACACCUUGGGACUUAUAGUUUGGCACGAAAAAUGGCGACUCUACUCCCUCGUUCUCUUGGCCUUGUAGAAAAUUUAUUUUUAAAAAAUGGACCUAAGAUACUGGCCCCAACAUCAGGCAACAGGCUACCAAAUAAACAACAAAUCAGACAUCUAAAUGUCCACGAAUACAUCAGCUAUACUUUAUUGCGUGACCAUGGUAUACCUGUUCCAAAAUUUAAUGUUGCAAAGACCAAGGAAGAUGCUGUUAAGUUUGCUACAGAACUUAACACCAAAGAUAUUGUACUCAAGGCACAGGUCCUUGCUGGAGGCCGUGGACGGGGAUCAUUUAAAAAUGGUCUCAAGGGAGGAGUUCGCAUGGUUGAUAAUCCAGAAACUGCGGGUGAUAUUGCUGGUAAAAUGUUGAAUCAAUAUUUGGUGACCAAACAGACAGGGGCGGCAGGCCGCAUUUGCAACAUGGUCAUGGUUACUGAGAGAAAAUUCCCUCGCAGGGAAUUCUAUGUGGCAAUCAUGAUGGAGCGUAGCUUCAAUGGACCUGUUAUAAUUGCGUCAUCACAAGGUGGUGUGAACAUAGAGGAUGUUGCUGCAGAGAACCCUGAUGCCAUUACUUAUGAGCCCAUUGAUAUUAUGAAGGGUAUCACCGAUGAGCAAAUAUGUAGAGUUGUGAAGAAGAUUGGUCUCAGUGAUCAUGCAGAGGAAGCACAUGGAAUGAUUAAAAAAAUGUAUGAUCUAUUUUUAAAAAAAGAUGCUCUACUGAUUGAAGUGAACCCUUAUGCUGAGGAUGCACUUACUGGCAAAUACUUUUGCUUAGAUGCCAAAUUCCGUUUUGAUGACAAUGCAGAUUUUAGACAGAAAGAAUUGUUUGCUCUGAGGGAUAUCAGUCAAGAGGAUCCAAAGGAAAUUGAGGCCGCUAAAUUUAACCUCAAUUAUAUUGCUCUUGAUGGUAACAUUGGAUGCAUGGUGAACGGGGCGGGGCUGGCCAUGGCCACCAUGGACAUCAUCAAGCUGUACGGCGGCGACCCCGCCAACUUCCUCGACGUCGGUGGCGGCGCCACCGCGCAGGCUGUAUCCGAGGCAUUUAAGAUCAUCCUGUCAGACCCGAAGGUGUCUGCCAUCCUGGUGAACAUCUUCGGUGGUAUCAUGCGUUGUGACGUGAUCGCUGAGGGCAUCAUCACCGCCGCCAAGAACCUCAACAUACAGAUACCAGUGAUUGUCCGUCUGCAGGGUACAAAAGUAAACGAGGCCCGCAAGUUGAUAGCGGACUCCGGUCUGCGCAUUGUGCCGCGUGACGACCUGGACGAGGCGGCACAGCUGGUCGUGCAGCUGUCGGAGAUCGUCGCCCUCGCUAAGAAAGCCGGUGUCGAGGUGAAGUUCGACAUACCACGAUACAUGAUCGAGAAGUAGACCGCAGUAUUACAUAGUAUCUCACGCUGACGUACCGAGGCAAAUUACUAUUUUCAAUAGUACUCUAUCACAGUUUUUUGUUACUAAAAGCCUAAUGGUAUAUUCAACAUUUGAAUAAUCUAGAACAUUUUAGGCAAUUUCUUAGUUGCCUGGUCUAAUAAUUAAACAGAAACAUCGCAAUGAAAGACCCUUGCGAGAGUUGUGAUAAGGCUUAUUAGUAAUGCCUCAGACGACAGCAUUAGGUAUUUUCAUUCUAUUUAAUCUCAUUAGAUUGUUUCGAAUACUAAUCAUUUAAAUCAUAAUUGCUUACUUUGUAUUCGCAAGCGAAUUAUUUAUUGUAUUAUUGCAAUUGUAACUUUUAAGGAUACAUUGUGAGCUGUAUUAUUUAUUUCCUAUUGUAUUAGAAAUGUAUAAACAUACAUGCUAUUGUUGAUCAUUGGUUCAGAGUAUUUAUGACAUUUAUAGUGUUGCCAUGUUUAAAUUAUUUCAUUGUUUUUGGUAGAUGCUAUGCCAAUUCUAUUUUUACCAGAAACAAUACCAAAUUAAAUGAAUCAUAAUUCAGUAAAAAAUUAUCCUUUCUUAUUUAUUGAAUCAACGCUAGGAAUAAGUAGAUGUUAUUUUUUUUGUAGUUAGUUUGCAAUAAAGUAUGAUAUUACAUGUUACUGUACUACAUUCUACGCCAUUUACGAUCCGAUCCACAAUUUAGGGAAAAUUUUUGUAACAUUUUCUACAUGUAUACAAAUAUGUCUGUAAAGUUGUAGAAUGCUAGUGCCUCGAGUUGUAUUUAUUUUGCAUAGUAUUAAAUGUUGAAGUUAAAAAGACGUUAACCCUACCGGUUGUAAUUUAUAUUUGCAAUACUCUAUACACAUUAUAAAUGUAUUUAUGUACAUUAUUUGUAGAUACAAUUUGGUUGGUUGUAGUAUUGAUGUAACUAUGUUCAGUUUAUCGUGAAAACAAAGUACAAUAUGUACCAAGAUUUAUUUAGUAAUGUAAUCUUAUUGUUGUUACAAGUAAUAAAUUCAUAACAUUACAUCCAA